AUGCUCCCCCCCUUGCCCCAUCUCUUGCUCCCGCCUCCCUUCCUUGCUCUGUCACUUGCUCCCCCCUCCCUCCCUUGCCCCAUCACCUGCUCCCAUUCAACCUUCUUUACUCAUCGAUUUUCUCACUUCCCUCACCCGCCUGUCAGUCAACCCUCUCCCCUCGCUCAUUUUUCUCACUUCCCUGAUUCUUCUGUCAUUCACUCUUUUCUUCCCUCCCUCACUUUUCUCACUCACUUGCCAUUCAACCUUCCUCCCUUCCUCACUUCACACUUCCCUCACUCUUUGUCAGUCAAAUUUCCUUCACUAGUAGCUUGGUCACAGCCGUCAGUGGCGGAGCCAUCCCUUUCUCCUGUUGAGGUGCCUCAAAAGUCACCUGUCCUCCCUCCCUCCAUCACACCUGUCCUCCCUCCCUCCCUCCCUCCAUCACACCUGUCCUCCCUCCCUCCCUCCAUCACACACCCCAGUAGCAUGGUCACAGCCGUCAGUGGCGGAGCCAUUCCUUCCUCCUUCGCCCGGCUUAAGAAGCUACGGCAUCUGCGCCUCAAAACUCAAAUCCCCCUUGGCCCAUACGCCCACUUCCCCGUUGCGUUGAGUUAUGAGGCGCCUCAAAACUCAAAUCCCCCUGGGCCCAUACGCCCACUUUCCCGUUGCUCACUUGCCUAUUGCCCUCCAUCCACCCCACCUUGGUCGCACGGGGCCCUAACUAACAACAACUUGGAGGGUGACAUUCCCCCCUUCCUCUCUGCACUCACUGCUCUCACACACCUACUCUUGCCUGCCACCCACCCCACGCUUGCGUGCCGCGCCGCCCACUCCUUGCAUGCCACCCAGAUCAUUAUCCUCUCCUCUUCCAUUCCAACUAAAAUCUCCAAGUUCCCACCUCCCUUUUCCCCCUCCUCGCCACCUCUCCCCCAGGGGUUUGGGCCCAACCAGCUCUCCUCCUCCAUUCCUGCUAAGGUCUCCAAGUUUCCACCUCCCUUUCCCCGUACUUCCCCACCUCCCCUCCCCCACCUCCCUCCCCCCCUUCUUCUCCACCUUCCCCCCCACCCUGCACCCCCCCGUUCUCCCCGCAGGUCACUCGGGUCCAACAAGUUCACUUCCACUAUUCCGGCUAAACUCUCCAAGCUUCAAAAGCUCGUCAGACUGUGGACUCACCUCAGCUCUGCUCUUUCCCCUCCUUCACUUUCCCCUCCUUCACUUUCCCCUCCUUCCAACGACCUCACUCACCUCACCAUAUCCCCUACCCUCCCAAACCACCUCCUCAACCAACCCCGUUGCAACAGCAAUCUGGAGUUCAACUCGUUCGCCUCGAGUCUGCCAAGCUCUAUCUCCAAACUCAAGAAGCUAUCUGAGCUGACUCUCAAUGUCAACCUGAUCCAUGGGUCCAUCCCACAGGCCAUCUCACGCCUCUUCAAAUCAACCUCGUGGACUCUCAAUGUCAACCAGAUCAGUGGGUCCAUCCCGCGGGCCAUCUCAGGCCUGACUAGCCUUGUGUAUCUGGAACUAUCGUACAACCCCAUAUCAGGCAGCCUGCCUGCAGCCAUGGACUCUCCAGGCGCCACCCCUUCUCCUGUCCAACCUCCCCUUCCCAACCUCCCACCCUCCCACUCGCCCACCGCCCAACCAGGGAGCUAUCGUACAACCCCAUAUCAGGCAGCCUGCCGGCAGCCAUGGGCUCUCUCAAUUCCCUUCUUGAGGUUUCUCAAAAUGCACUCUCCCUCGUUACUUCCCCCUCCUCCCGCCCACCCCCCAACCAGGGAGCUAUCGUACAACCCCAUAUCAGGCAGCCUGCCGGCAGCCAUGGGCUCUCUCAAGUCCCUUCUUGAGGGUUCUCAAAGUGCACUCUCCCUCGUCACUUCCCCCUCCUCCCGCCCACCGCCCAACCAGGGAACUAUCGUACAACCCCAUAGCAGGCAGCCUGCCUGCAGCAAUGGGCUCCCUCAAGUCCCUCAAGAUCCUCGGCGUUUUCUCACUCUCCGUUCCACUCUUCCCCUGUUCGCACUACCCCAUGCCCCCACCCCACCCCAACCCCCUCCCUCCACCUUCUCCCUCAUCACCUUCCCCCCUCCUGCUAUCAUCACCCCCUCCCUCCUGCUAUCAUCACCCCCUCCCUCCUGCUAUCAUCACCCCCUCCCUCCUGCUAUCAUCACCCCCUCCCUCCUGCUAUCAUCACCCCCUCCCUCCUGCUAUCAUCACCCCCUCCCUCUACUAUCAUCACCUUCCCCCCUCCCUCCUGCUAUCAUCACCUUCCCCCCUCCCUCCUACUAUCAUCACCCCCUCCCUCCUAUCAUCACCCCCUCCCUCCUACUAUCAUCACCCCCUCCCUCCUACUAUCAUCACCCCCUCCCUCCUACUAACAUCACCUCCUCCCUCCUACUAUCAUCACCCCCUCCCUCCUACUAUCAUCACCCCCUCCCUCCUACUAUCAUCACCUCCUCCCUUCCAGAGAAAUUAAGGCAACAUGUCUCAACAACUCCCUGCCUCUCUCCCUUACAAAGCUCCAAGCACCCGACAGCAUCUUCCUCGCUAACCUCUCGUCCCAUUUUCCCGGUGCUCUCUCUGCCUCUUUUCCCGGUGCUCUCUCUGCCUCUUUUCCCGGUGCUCUCUCUGCCUCUUUUCCUGGUGCUCUAUCUGCCUCUUUUCCCGGUGCUCUCUAUGCCUCUUUUCCCGGUGCUCUCUCUGCCUCUUUUCCCGGUGCUCCCUCUGCCUCUCCCCAAAAACUUGCCCUACAACCAGCUCUCCGGCUCGUUUCCCGGUUUCCUCGCUAACAUCUCGUCCCUCACUUUGAUGUAA